CGUCGCAAUCUCAUUGUCGUGCCCCCAAUUUUUCUCGGAUCUCGGCUUCCUCUCGAUCGAGUUCGAGCUCUCUUCACAGCCCAGCCAUGGCGGCCGAGUCGGAGACCUUCGCUUUCCAGGCCGAGAUCAACCAGCUCCUCAGCCUCAUCAUCAAUACUUUCUACUCCAACAAAGAAAUCUUCCUCCGCGAGCUCAUCAGCAACUCCUCCGAUGCGUUGGACAAGAUCCGGUUCGAGAGCCUCACGGACAAGAGCAAGCUCGACGCCCAGCCGGAGCUAUUCAUCCACAUCGUCCCGGACAAGGCCACCAACACCUUGUCGAUCAUCGACAGCGGCAUCGGGAUGACAAAGUCCGAUCUCGUCAACAACCUCGGCACCAUCGCUCGUUCCGGCACCAAGGAGUUCAUGGAGGCCCUCGCCGCGGGGGCCGAUGUCAGCAUGAUCGGCCAGUUUGGUGUGGGGUUCUACUCUGCGUAUCUUGUGGCCGACAGGGUCGUAGUGACCACCAAACACAACGAUGACGAGCAAUACGUCUGGGAGUCACAGGCCGGGGGUUCGUUUACGGUCACCAGGGAUACCUCAGGGGAGAGCCUUGGGAGGGGAACAAAGAUUACUCUCUUUCUCAAGGAGGAUCAGUUGGAAUAUCUUGAGGAACGCCGUCUCAAAGACUUGAUAAAAAAGCACUCUGAAUUCAUCAGCUAUCCCAUCUCCCUCUGGUCGGAGAAGACAACGGAGAAAGAAAUUUCUGAUGAUGAGGGUGAGGAGGACAAAAAGGACGCUGAGGAAGGUAAGGUGGAAGAUGUUGAUGAGGAGAAGGAAGAGAAAGAGAAGAAAAAGAAGAAGAUUAAGGAGGUUUCUCAUGAAUGGUCUUUGGUCAACAAGCAGAAGCCUAUCUGGAUGAGGAAGCCUGAAGAUAUCACAAAGGAAGAGUAUGCUGCAUUCUAUAAGAGUCUCACUAAUGAUUGGGAGGAGCACUUGGCUGUGAAACACUUCUCUGUGGAAGGCCAGCUUGAGUUUAAGGCCAUUCUUUUCGUGCCAAAGAGGGCUCCUUUUGACCUCUUUGACACAAAGAAAAAGCUUAACAACAUCAAGCUUUACGUCCGUCGUGUCUUCAUUAUGGACAACUGUGAAGAACUGAUUCCUGAGUACUUGAGCUUUAUCAAAGGAAUAGUCGACUCUGAGGACCUUCCACUCAACAUCUCAAGAGAGACGCUCCAGCAGAACAAAAUCCUCAAGGUCAUCCGGAAGAACCUGGUCAAGAAAUGCAUCGAGCUCUUUUUUGAGAUUGCUGAAAACAAAGAGGACUACAACAAGUUCUAUGAGGCGUUCUCAAAGAAUCUCAAGCUUGGAAUCCAUGAGGAUUCUCAGAACAGGUCAAAGGUCGCAGAGUUGCUGAGAUUCCACUCUACAAAGAGUGGAGAUGAGAUGACUAGCCUGAAGGACUAUGUUACGAGGAUGAAGGAGGGCCAGAAUGACAUUUACUACAUCACUGGUGAGAGCAAAAAGGCUGUGGAGAAUUCUCCAUUCCUUGAGAAGCUCAAGAAGAAGGGCUAUGAGGUGCUUUUCAUGGUUGAUGCAAUCGAUGAGUAUGCUGUUGGUCAGUUGAAGGAAUUUGAGGGGAAGAAGCUAGUGUCUGCGACAAAGGAGGGACUGAAGCUUGAUGAUGAGAGCGAGGAUGAGAAGAAGAGGAAGGAAGCCCUGAAGGAGAAGUUUGAAGGACUCUGCAAGGUCAUCAAAGAAGUGCUGGGUGACAAGGUGGAGAAAGUUGUCGUGUCUGAUCGUGUCGUCGACUCUCCCUGCUGCUUGGUCACUGGUGAGUAUGGAUGGACUGCCAACAUGGAGAGGAUUAUGAAGGCACAAGCUCUCAGGGACUCCAGCAUGGCUGGCCACAUGUCAAGCAAGAAAACCAUGGAGAUCAACCCGGAGAAUCAGAUCAUGGAGGAGCUGAGGAAGCGAGCCGAUGCUGACAAGAAUGACAAGUCAGUCAAGGACCUGACACUGUUGCUGUUUGAGACUUCUCUCCUCACUUCUGGUUUCAGCCUCGAUGAUCCCAACACUUUCGGGAACAGGAUCCAUCGCAUGCUGAAACUAGGUCUCAGCAUUGAUGAAGAUGAAAAGGUGGAGGACACUGAGAUGCCAUCACUAGAGGAGGCCGACGCAGAAGAGAGCAAGAUGGAGGAAGUAGACUAAUUUUUAUCAAGGUUUGCCGAUUUAUCUUUUGGCACUUGUGUUGCUUUGUUUAUGUAGAUGGCCUUUUUUAGCCUUAAGCUUGGAUGGUCUUUUUUUAUCUUAUUUAUACAUGAACGACUUGUGAUGUUAUUUUGAUACUAGUCUAUGGAUCUGAUGAGUCCUUUCUCGUG